AUGGGUUACUUCGAAGACGAGGACCAGGUGUACCUGGAUGACGUCCGGGCAGUCAAGGCUUGGUGGAACGAUUCGCGAUGGCGGUACACCAAGCGUCCUUACACCGCUGAACAGAUCGUGGCCAAGCGUGGAAACCUGAAGAUCGAAUACCCAUCCAAUGUCCAGAGUAAGAAGCUGUGGAAAAUCCUGGAAAGCAACUUUGCGAAAAAGGUCCCGAGCUUCACCUAUGGCUGUCUGGAGCCCACCAUGAUCACCCAGAUGGCCAAGUACCUUGACACAGUGUAUGUCUCCGGCUGGCAGAGCUCUUCUACUGCCUCGUCCACCGACGAGCCGUCCCCGGAUCUGGCGGACUACCCUAUGAACACCGUCCCCAACAAGGUCAACCAGCUCUUUAUGGCCCAGCUCUUCCAUGAUCGGAAACAGCGGGAAGAGCGUGUCACCACCCCCAAGGAACAGCGUGGCAAGGUGGCCAAUGUGGACUACCUGCGUCCCAUCAUUGCGGAUGCCGACACUGGCCACGGUGGCUUAACGGCGGUCAUGAAGCUGACCAAGCUGUUUGUGGAGCGCGGAGCUGCUGGUAUCCAUAUCGAGGAUCAGGCCCCUGGCACCAAGAAGUGCGGCCACAUGGCCGGAAAGGUGCUUGUCCCUAUUAGCGAGCACAUCAACCGUUUGGUUGCCAUCCGUGCGCAGGCCGACAUCAUGGGCACCGACCUCCUUGCCAUUGCCCGAACCGACUCCGAAGCUGCCACUCUUAUCACCUCGACCAUUGACCACCGUGACCACGCCUUCGUUGUGGGAUCGACAAACCCCAACCUCCAGCCCCUCAACGACCUCAUGGUGGCCGCGGAACAGGCGGGCAAGAGCGGUGAUGAACUCCAAGCCAUCGAAGACCAGUGGGUGGCUCAGGCUGGUCUCAAGCUCUUCGACGAAGCCGUGAUCGAUGCCAUCAACAAGGGCGCCCACUCCAAUAAGAAGGCCGUUAUCGACGGCUACCUGAAGGCCGUCAAGGGCAAGAGCAACGGCGAAGCUCGCGCCAUUGCCAAGGGCAUCACAGGCGGUGAUAUCUACUGGAAUUGGGACGCUCCUCGUACCCGUGAAGGUUUCUACCGCUACCAGGGAGGUACGCAGUGCGCCAUCAACCGUGCGGUGGCCUACGCGCCAUUUGCAGACCUGAUCUGGAUGGAGAGCAAGCUUCCAGACUAUGCUCAAGCCAAGGAGUUUGCCGAUGGCGUGCACGCCGUCUGGCCGGAACAGAAGCUGGCAUACAACCUGUCCCCCUCAUUCAACUGGAAGAAGGCGAUGCCGCGCGAGGAGCAGGAGACAUACAUCCAGCGUCUGGGUGCCCUGGGAUACUGCUGGCAGUUCAUCACCUUGGCGGGUCUGCACACCACGGCACUGAUCUCUGAUCAGUUUGCCCGGGCGUACGCAAAACACGGUAUGCGGGCAUAUGGCGAAUUGGUGCAGGAACCGGAGAUGGAACUGGGAGUGGAUGUGGUGACGCACCAGAAAUGGAGCGGUGCCAAUUAUGUAGAUAAUCUGUUGAAGAUGGUCACGGGUGGCGUUAGCAGCACGGCGGCAAUGGGCAAAGGCGUGACUGAGGAUCAGUUCAAGCACUGA